AUGAGAUCUAUCAACUAACUUCUUAAGCAAGCUAGCUUAUCCCAAAAGAGCCAAUACAACUUUAGUCAAACCAACUUAAAGAAGGUUAUUGCUGAAAUUAUUCCUCAAAAGCAAGCUGAAUUAAAGGAAGUCAAGGAAAAGUAUGGUGAUAAGGUUGUUGGUUAAUACACUGUCAAGUAAGUCAUCGGUGGUAUGAGAGGUAUGAAGGGUCUUAUGAGUGAUCUCUCUCGUUGCGACCCCUAUCAAGGUAUUAUUUUCAGAGGCUACACUAUUCCUCAACUUAAGGAAUUCUUGCCUAAGGCUGAUCCUAAGGCUGCUGACUAAGCCAACUAAGAACCUUUACCUGAAGGUAUUUUCUGGUUAUUAAUGACCGGUUAAUUACCCACCCACGCUUAAGUCGAUGCUCUUAAGCACGAAUGGUAAAACAGAGGUACCGUCAACUAAGACUGUGUCAACUUCAUUUUGAACUUACCCAAGGACCUCCACUCCAUGACCAUGCUCUCUAUGGCCCUCCUUUACCUCCAAAAGGAUUCUAAGUUCGCUAAGCUUUACGACGAAGGUAAGAUCUCCAAGAAAGAUUACUGGGAGCCCUUCUACGAAGAUUCCAUGGACCUUAUUGCUAAGAUCCCCAGAGUUGCUGCUAUUAUCUACAGACAUAAAUACAGAGAUUCCAAGUUAAUUGACUCUGAUUCUAAGUUAGAUUGGGCUGGUAACUACGCUCAUAUGAUGGGUUUCGAAUAACACGUCGUUAAGGAAUGUAUUAGAGGUUAUUUGAGCAUCCACUGUGAUCACGAAGGUGGUAAUGUUUCUGCCCAUACUACUCACUUGGUCGGUUCUGCUCUUUCUGAUCCUUAUCUUUCUUACUCUGCUGGUGUUAACGGUCUUGCCGGUCCCCUCCACGGUCUUGCUAACUAAGAAGUCCUUAAGUGGUUACUCUAAUUCAUUGAAGAAAAGGGUACCAAGGUUUCUGACAAGGACAUUGAAGACUACGUUGAUCACGUUAUUUCUUCUGGAAGAGUCGUUCCUGGUUACGGACACGCUGUCUUGAGAGAUACCGAUCCUAGAUUCCACCAUUAAGUCGAUUUCUCCAAGUUCCACUUGAAGGAUGACUAAAUGAUCAAAUUAUUACAUUAAUGUGCUGAUGUUAUCCCCAAGAAAUUAUUAACUUACAAGAAGAUUGCUAAUCCUUAUCCCAAUGUUGAUUGCCACUCUGGUGUUUUAUUAUACUCUUUGGGCUUAACUGAAUAUCAAUAUUACACUGUUGUCUUCGCCGUUUCUAGAGCUCUUGGUUGUAUGGCUAACCUCAUCUGGUCUAGAGCUUUCGGUUUACCCAUUGAAAGACCUGGCUCUGCUGAUCUUAAGUGGUUCCACGACAAGUACAGAGAAUGA